AUGCAGCAGCAGCUGCUGCUGCUGCCUUCUCCCGCGGUCGCAAUAUCGAAGCAGCAAAACAGCAGCAGCAGCUACGAUGACAGCAGCAGCGCGGCAGAAACAGCAGCAGCAACUCAAGCAGAAGCAGCAGAGCAGCAGCAGCAACAGCAGCAGCAACACGAACAGCAACACCACUCCAGUAUGGCGGGAACAGCAGCAGCUGCCCCUAGGGCCUGGAGGGUAGGCAAGCAGCUGCAGCAAAAGCUGCUGCUGCUGCUGCUGUUGCUGCUGCUGCAGCUGCUGCUGCCAUCACCAUGUCGCAUUGCUGCAGCCGUGGAGAUCACCAGAGGCCGCCUCUCUGGCUCCUCAGCUCCCGAUGCAGCAGCAUCAGCAGCACCAGCAGCAGCAGCAGCAGGAACAGCAGCAACAGCAGCAGCAGCAGACAUACAGCAGCGUUCGCUGAGUUUCCUAGAUCUUAAAAAUAUUAUGGAGGCAGCAGCAGGGUACCCGGGGGUGAACCUGUCUGUGGCACCAGCAGCAGCAGCAGCAGGAACAGCAGCAACAGCAGCAGCAGCAGACAUACAGCAGCGUUCGCUGCGUUUCCUAGACCUUAAAAAUAUUAUGGAGGCAACAGCCGGGUACCCGGGUGUGAACCUGUCUGUGUCUGGCUAUAGGAGAGUGAAGCAUCUGCUGCAUAUUGUGCUGCAGCAGGCGAAGCAGCAGCAGCAGCAGCUGCAGCAGCAGCAGAGAGAGAAGCAGCAGAAGCAGCAAACAACAGCAGACAGUCUAGGUAAAACUCUAUCACCCCUACCCUCUCCAGGCUCUAUCCCUCUGGCUCGUUUUCUCUUACACAUGCCCACCUAUGUAUUGGGGGUUUCAGAGCUUUUCUUUGCCUGUCGCAUACAGAGCAGCAGCAGCAGCAGCAGCAGCAGAAGAAGUAGAAGCAGCAGCAGCAGCAGCAGCAGCAGCACAAGCAGCAGCAGCAGCAGCAGCAGCGGGGGGAGUUUCUCUGCGUUGCUGUGCAGCGGGCAGCCCCCUGCAGGCCACGGUAGCGUUGAAGCUACGUUUGGCUUCGAGCUGGUGCGUGGGGGUUAUGCUCACCAGGCAGCAGCAGCAGCAGCAGCAGCAGCAGAAGCAGAUAGCAGCAGCAGCAGCGGGGGGAGUUUCUCUGCGUUGCUGUGCAGCGGGCAGCCCCCUGCAGGCCACGGGAGCGUUGAGGCUACGUUUGGCUUCGAGCUGGUGCGUGGGGGUUAUCCUCACCAAGCAGCAGCAGCAGCAGCAGCAGCAGCAGAAGCAGAGACAGGAUCAAGAGCACUAGGAAAGGCAGCAGCAGCAGAAGCAUAUGGUGAGGCUGCUCCCCUGGUCGCUAUCAACCCAAACCCUAUACCUUCUCCUCCUGCUGCUGCUGCUGCUGCUGCUGCAGGAGGAGGAGCAGCAGCAGCAGUAGCAGCAGCAGCAGAAGCAGCAGCAGAAGCAGAAGCAGCACCCAGCAGAGUGGAUAGAGAUCCCCAUAGAGACGAAGCUACUGUAGCUCAGUUACUUUCUUUUGACUCUAUCGAUGCUGCUGCUUGGCUGGGGGUUGCUGCAGCAGCAGACCUUCUUGCUGCUGCUGUAGAUAAAGUAUACGCGGGGAUGCAGCAGGCGGUGCUGACGGAGGGCCCCUCAGCAGCAACAGAAGAAAACUGCUCCUUUAAGCUGGGGCUGAGGCAGCAGGAUUUCGAGGCUUUUGCUGCUGCUGCAGCAGCAGCAGCAGCAGCAGCAGGAGCAGCAGGAGCAGCAGCAGCAGCAGAAGCAACAAUACCCAAUUGUAAGCCUGGCGGGUUGCUGCUGCAGUGUGCUAAAGAGCUGCAGCAGCUAUCCUCACCAAAGUCGGAUAUGUUGCUGCAGCUGCUGCAGCAGCAGGUUAUCGCAGCAGCACCAACACAACAGCAGCAAGGCCACCGUAUGCUGCGUCUGCUGAAGCAGCCAGGUGUAUGGUUGCUGCUGCAGCGGCUGCUGGGUGGUGGGGGUGCAGCACGUCUAGAGGAGGAGCAGCAGCAGCAGUAUUACGAUAGAGAGAUGGAAACAAUAACAAUAAAAAACUACAAAGAGCAACCUUAUAAUAAAAUGAAACAACACCCCCACACCAUACGAUCAGAGAUGCUGCGCUUCAGCAGCAUCUAUCUAGACCUGCUGCCUACAGAAGCAUACUGGCAUUCACUGCAGCAAGGCUGCUUCUAUGCUUAUCUAGGGUUAGCUGAUACCUUGGGUUCUGUCUUUGUUAGAGCUGCACACUGGGAGCCACAAACACUGCAGCAUCUCGUUGCUGCUGCUGAAGCUGCUGCUGCUUCGGCUGCUGCUGGAGCUGCUGCAGCACGAGCAAUCAGCGGAGCCUUGCCCCGCCACCAUACACACCAUAGAACGCGAGACAGCCACCAUCAACAUCUGCUGCAGCAGCAGCAGCAGCAGCAGCAGCAGCGGCUGCAGCAGCAGCAGCAGCAGCAGCAGCGGGUGCAGGGGCACAGGCCGCACCCGUCGACUUCGUUCCUGCAGCAAGCGCCAGCAGCAGACCCGGCGUGGCAGACGCCUAUUGGGGUGUAUGCACAGCAGCACGAUGCAGCAGCAACAGCAGCAGCACACCAGCUUGCUUCUGGUUAUAUAUUAAAACCUAUACAGCCAUUCUAUGAGUUUUAUCGCUUGAAGCUAUUAGCCGAUGCAUCUGUUUCUCUUUUCUCCGCAGAGGGUGAAAGCAGCAGCAAAAGCAGCAGCAGCAAGAAAACUAUUGCUGCAUAG